ACAUGCUAUUUUUCUAGACGAGAUCCUGAAUCUUUUUUGAAUUUCUAGUAUAUAUAUAAAAAAGGUUCUAAACAAAUUUAAAGAACACAUGCACGCAUACCUUAUAGAACUUGUAAACUCAAUAAACAAGAAGAGAAUAAACAUUUUCUAUCUCCGCCAUUGUUGGCUACAGAAAUCCGUGUCUCGUUUCAAGUUCGACACUUCAAGAAAAACAAAACAACUCACAAAUGGUUGCAACAGAACUGAUACUAACAUUCAUGAAAACCUUUUCAACCUUAAAACAAGCAAAACAAAUCCAUGCACAAAUCCUAACCAACGACCUUACCCGCCUCGAACCUCUCUUCAUUCACCGUAUUCUUCUCUGUGAUAUCACCAACUACAAAACCAUAUCACCCUACAUCCUCUCAAUUCUUCACCAUCUUCGAAAUCCAGAUUCCUUCUCAUGGGGUUGUGUCAUUCGGUUCUUCUCUCAAAAGGAUCAAUUCAUUGAAGCUGUUUCUCUGUAUAUUCAAAUGAGGAAGAUUGGGCUUUUUCCGAGCUCACAUGCUGUGUCCUCUGUUCUCAAGUCAUGUGCUAAGGUUGAGGAUGAUUUGUGUGGUGUAUCGGUUCAUGGGGAUGUUCAGAAAUUUGGAUUUAGUACUUGUGUUUAUGUACAAACAGCGCUUCUUGAUUUGUAUUCGAAAAAUGGGGAUGUUUUGACUGCGCGUAAGGUGUUUGAUGAAAUGAGUGAGAGAAAUGUUGUUUCUUGGAAUUCUUUGUUGGGUGGGUAUAUAAAAGGUGGUAACUUGGAUGAGGCGAAAUGUUUUUUUGAUGAGAUUCCUAGGAAAGAUGUUAUUUCAUGGAACUCUAUGGUUUCUGGAUAUGCUAAAGGAGGAAAAAUGGAGGAGGCGUCUUAUCUGUUUCGACAAAUGCCGGAGAGAAGUCUUGUUUCCUGGAAUACGAUGAUUUCUGGUUAUGUUGAUUGUGGAAGCAUUGGGUUAGCUAGAGAAUUUUUUGAUGCGAUGCCAAAGAGAAACAGUGUUUCUUUGAUAACUAUGAUUGCUGGGUAUUCGAAGAGUGGUGAUGUUGACUCUGCUCGUGAACUUUUUGAUAGGAUGGGUGAUAAAGAUUUGCCGUCGUAUAAUGCUAUGAUAGCUUGCUAUGCUCAAAAUAGCAAACCAAAAGAAGCACUUGACCUAUUUAAUGGCAUGCUUAAACCAGAAGUCUCUUUACAUCCGGACGAGAUGACUUUGGGUAGUGUUAUAUCAGCUUGUUCACAAUUGGGGAAUCUAGAUCACUGGCUCUGGAUUGAGACACACAUGAACGACUAUGGAAUUGUAUUGGAUGAUCAUUUGGCCACUGCGUUAAUUGACUUGUAUGCAAAGUGUGGGAGCAUUGACAAGGCAUGUGAGCUAUUCCAUGGCCUGAGAAAAAGGGAUGUGGUAUCAUAUUCUGCAAUGAUCUAUGGAUGUGGCAUAAAUGGAAACGUGUCCGAUGCGGUCGAGUUAUUUGAACAGAUGGUUGGAGAGUGUAUCGACCCUAAUUUGGUUACGUACACAGGAAUUCUGACUGCCUAUAAUCAUGCUGGAUUGGUUGAGGAAGGUUACCGGUGCUUUAACUCCAUGAAGGACAAUGGCCUGGUUCCUUCAGUUGAUCAUUAUGGAAUCAUGGUUGAUCUUUUGGGGAGGGCCGGAUGGCUGGAUGAAGCGUAUAAGCUUAUUAUGAAUAUGCCAAUGCAACCAAAUGCUGGUGUCUGGGGAGCUCUACUUCUUGCCUGCAGAUUGCAUAGCAAUGUGAAGCUCGGGGAAAUAGCUGCUCAGCAUUGCAUUAAGCUGGAGAGUGAAACAGCUGGUUAUUAUUCUCUUCUUUCUGGUAUAUAUGCUACUGUUGGAAAAUGGAAUGAUUCCAAGAAGUUGACGACAGGUGUGGAAGGAAAGAAAAUUAUCAAGAUACCUGGAUGUAGUUGGACACAACUUGCGUCACUCAACUAAUUUAACUCCUCCGUGAUUGGAAAAAUAAAGCACAUAUAAUAUCCAGUUGCUACUGAAUGUUUGUAGCAGCACCAAUGCCAACUGAUCAGAUGUACAAGCAACUUUCAGCAUCCCAAGUGCGGGGGAUGCUGACUCUGCUUAGAAUGGUCUUUCAUCAGAUCAAAGUAACAUCUUUAUCAAAUGAUGAUUAAAGAUUAAACAAAUCUCUAAGUUUAGUAAGAAUUUUGGGUUGACAGUGAGGACACAAACAAGUCAGGAGGUUAAAACACCUUUAAACUGCAGAUACGGGAGAUUGAGCAAAAGUGUCUCUGCAAGUUUGUUUAUAAAGAAGCUUCGAUCUCAUUUGAAUGAUGAGGUGCAAUUGGAACCCAAAACAAAAGUUCAGGUUUUAUGGAUGCGUGAAAAAGAAUGAACUUGGAAACAAUAAGGCAGAUUGAUAAGGCAAUUUUCAGUCAAAGAUUGUUCUUUCUAGCCCCCCGUGCAUGUGUUGUACUUGGGAACCCUCUCAAAUGGCUUAUUAGUAAGAAGAAAUAAUAAUAAAAAUAUUGCUCUAAUGUUGGAUUAAUUGAGGGUAAAGUAGCUACGGAUGUAACAAAAUUAUGUGAUAUUUCUAACUGUAGCAACAAACUUUUCUGGACGCCAUAGAUUCUUACAUUCAUCUCUCACCAAUUACAUCUCUUUUUUGCUGGACUUCAUUUGAUAUAUUUACAUCUUUCUCAUUACAUGUUUACUAACCCAGCAGUCACCUUGAAAGAGUUGAAUUUGUACAUACUUGAAAUUGAUAUUUUACACCAGCCACCUUAACAUGUAUGUAGAUAGAAAAUAUGGGGAUCUUUACUCCAAU